AUGUCUUCAUUCACUCAACCGGUGCCAGUAGUUGCCUGCGGCAAAAUACCCGCGAUGGGGAAAUCAAUCUCCCAGCACCUGCUGCCUGAAUAUGAAGUCAUUCACUUCAUCCUGUCAUAUGAGGCUGCAGAGGCUGAGCUCCCGCAUCUGCUUGCAGGUCGCGAUCCUCAGUCUCGGAGCCCCAAUGAGAUCGGAACCCACGAUUACAGCCGGCCUCCUCGCGCGGUGAUCUUCGGUCGCGGCUAUGAGCCUCAGCAGGUUGAAGAGCUUAAGAAGAAAUUCGCGGGUGUUGCUAAAGAACCUGUUGCUUGGGUGAGGGGGAACCCAGCGGAUUUGCCUGCCGGGGCCGCUGGGCCUGACUAUGCUCAGAAUAUCGCGGCGGAUAUGAAGAAGGUGCUUAAUAAAUGGAGGGACGGGGGAGGAAAAGAUGAGGAGAUUUUGGUGUACUAG